AUGCUGGAUUAUCCAGUUGCACUUAAAUUUCCUGAUGAUUCAGGCCCUUGUUCUUCCCGUGCGGUUUUGCCAUAUGAAGUUACUUCUCAGAUAGUUGAUAAUCUGCCCCUUCCGGCAUACAUUUCUGCUUUCAUAUUUUCAGUCCUGCCCCUACUGGCAUACUGUUAUCAUUUUGAGACUAAUUUUAGUAGUCUCUGGAUAGCCGUUUCGAAGAAUUGGAUAAAAAUUUCGAUUAAUGCUGUGGAUAACUUAGUUCGUGUACAUGAUGAAACAAAGUCAUGUGUAGCAGCUUCUGAAAGUGCUAAAAGAACUUGUUUAGAAAGUAGACUUGACAGUUUGGAAAGUAAAUUUGAUUAUGUGAUGCAUUGUGUUGAAAGUUUAGUUCGACUGCAUAGCGAAAACAAAUCUUGUAAAGCUUGUGCAUCUGGUAAAAGAAGACAACCUGAUUUGGGUUAUUCAGUGAAUGAUGAUGUGAAGUUAGAUGCACAUCUUGGAAAAGAGGAGAAUAUGCUUUGUAAAUCAAGGUCUACAAAAAAUGAGACGUCUCCCGUGCUCGAUAUGCUCUGUGAUGCUGUUGUUUCUUCAUCAAGUCAACUGUCUGAUAAAACUCAAACUCUUUCUCAGUUUGAAAAGGAAUUUGUGAAAGAAAAUGAAGACCGCGUUAAAGAAAUUGCUGCAAUUAAUAAUGCUUUUCAAUGCGGAUAUUAUGUGUUUUCUUCUAAUGAAGCAUCACAAAAUGUAAAUGAAGCAGCAGCUACUGUUCAAGAUAAUAGAAAACACCAAUCAUUUAAAAGAGUCACUGGGUUAUCAAUUACUGAACCUCCUAGAUCUUUCUAUACUAAAUAUAACAAAACCAAUGAUAGUCGUCUUUUGAGAAGAUAUUUUGGUGUUGAAGAUGGUAAAAGGAAUUUGGAAAUGAGGGAUUUGAAGAAUGUGAUGAGUGCUGAAAAUGUAGAUUUUGAAGAUGACCUUGAUGCGGUGAUGCUAGCAGAGGUAUACAUUCUUGGUCGUGUUUUAUUGGGCGCAAUAAAUCUCCACAUUUCAAUGGUGAAGAAAUUGCUUGUAUCCGAAGAGUACACGAGUGGAAAGCGAGGUAAAGGGGUGGUUGAUGAAUCUCCAGACAAUUCAAGUGGUGAUGGAAGUGAAUCUGAAGAUGCCAAUAUUGCUGGCAAAUCCACUGAAAGCUCUUCUCUAGAGCGUCGCAUUGAGUUCCUGGAAAAUGUUUGUCAUGUUAAAUUGGAUAGGAUUUUGAAUAAUCAACAGAAGGAGAAGGCCCGGAUGGAUCAGCUGAUUUCUGCUUUGCAAAAAGUAGGGUUAAAUUUUGAAUCCCAAAGUGCUUCUGAUGCUGAAAAUGUUCGUCGACAUGUUGAUUCUCCUCGUCAUGUUGAAAAGGGUAGGCGCAAGAGCACAAGAUCUGUUCGUAAAAGUGCUGCUACUAAAAGGAAAACUAAACAAGCCAUGUCUCGUAAAAAUGUUGAGCAAUCUUCCAUUGGGCAACGAAAAAGAUCGGUGCAAUCUGAUGUUGGGGAAGAUAUUGCUGAUCUUGAACAGAUGGAAGAUGUGCAAGCCGGUUCUAGCGAAAGAACCGUUGAUGAGACAGAGUUGCGAGGCAAAAUCCAGUUUUACAAGAGAAGAAAAUUACGCAAAACAUUACAAGAUGCAAAUGCUUCUCUAAAUGUGGCAUUUGAAGAUGUUUUUGGAGAAGGCCAAGCAAAUAUGACAUGUCCCAUGGAGACAAAUGUUGAACAAGUUGAAUCUCUAAAUGCAACCGAAAAUGUUGUUGUGGAGGAACAAUUUGCCAGUGAACAGUUUGGUGACGCCAAUCGUGAAGAAUCCAACGUAUCUCCACCGAAAGAACAUAUGCUUGAAAAUCUUGAGCAAAUUCAAGAUGACGUUGUGGUGGUUUCUGAUCAUCUCGAACGAGAUUUAUCUCCUGCCAGAGAUGAUAGGAUAGAAGAGGGUGAUACGUUGGUGUCGCCUCAUCAUGAUGAAUCCAUUGUAUCUCAAGCUGAAAGAAAUGCAACUAGAAAUGUUGAGGCUAAAUUUCCUUCGGUUGUUGUAGAGGAACAAUUGGGCGGUGAACAGUUUGGUGACGCCAAUUGCGAAGAAUCCAUUGUAUCUUCACCAAAAAGAGAUAUGGCUCAAAAUCUUGAGCAAACAACACUUGAAAAUCUUGAGCAUAUAAGACGUGAAACACCUGAAGCUCAAGUUUCUAACGAGGGUGAUGAACGCGUUGUUGUUCCUCAUAUUGGUGUUAUGCCCGAGCCUAUUAAUGCGGUUGAGCCAUCGAGGAGCGAACCAGCCAAUGCAGACCUGCCCGAGCCUAUUAAUGCGGUUGAGCCAUUGAGGAGCGAACCAGCCAAUGCAGACUAG